CAAAAGAGCUAGAAUGCGAGGAAGAGGAAGAACAGGGGAAGGAGAGCACAAAGACUCGUGGUUUUGCAUUAAAAACAUUCAGCAUCUGACGGGAAGCACUUAAAAACAAAUAUGAGAGUAAUUUGGCAGAAAAGAGAAACAAGAGCGAGUGAACAGGGGGAGAGUGGGUAAGAAAGAAAGAAAGAAAGAAAGAGAGAGAGAAAGAGAAAGAGUGAUCUGAUGAGGGGAGGAGAGAGAGUUGAAACAGUGGUGAGGAAAUGAUCGGCAAGCUUGCAGCAGUGUCUGUGAGCCAGCAGAGCUGUGUGUGCUGUCUGGAUCUCAUUAAAGAGGCUUCAGCUCUUUGGACCUCUCAGUUCCCAGUGCAGAGAGUGUGGGCGUGUGGACCUCCUGACCCAGAACCCCUCCCCACCCCUCCGCCUACUCCCCCAGCUCCAGUGCCACUGGAGGGGCCAUGGACGGACUGCGCCUACCACCACUCAUGGAGGAGGCGCUGGACUCCACAGAGGAAAGCAGCGAUCUGAAACCGGACGAGGCCAUCAUGAGCAGCGAGAUCACCGCCAAGGAGCGGGACGUACUGGAGGAGAAUAACGAGAAGGAGCAGAUGGAGAAGGAGGUGAAGGAGGAGAAGGCCGGGGAGGAGGAGGAGGAGGACGAAGACGAGCCGCUCUCCCAGGAGCAGGAGUUGGAGGAGCUCCGGGCUCAGGUGCUCCAGCUGCUCCUGGAGCUGGAGGAGACACGUGACACCUCGCAGAAGCAUCAGGAGAGCUUCCAGGAGCUGCAGGGCCUGCUAGAGGAUGAGCGCCUGGCCAGCGCCCACCAGGCUGAGGCCUUCACUCGCCAGAUACAGCGGCUCCAAGCCCAGCUGCGCUCGGUGCAGGAGGAGAUGGAAUGCUUGGAUGAGGAGAAGGAGACCGAGCUGCGGGAGGCGCAGGAGGAGCUGCGCGUGGCCCAGGAGGAGGUGGUGCUGCUGCAGCAGUCGGCCGAGGAGGCGGCGGCCGAGCGCGAGAACGACAUCGCCAGCCUGCAGGAGGAGCUGUGCCGGUUGCGCGCCCAGAUGCAGCGGCUGCAGGACACGGCGCAGGAGUACGAGCUGGAGAUCACCACGCUCCGCGCCGAGAUCGCCAUGAAGAGCCAGCGCCGGGACGAGGAGCGGCGCGAGGGCGGCGUGUGCCAGCUGAGGGAGGAAUGCAUGACACUGAAGGGGGAGUGUCAGACCCUGAAAGACGACAACAGACGACUGACCGAGCGACUGCAGCUGCUCAUGAGGAUGGGCAGCAGCUCCGGUUCCGUGUACAUGACUCUGAAGGAGGAACUCGAGGACGGGACAUCUACGGACUGCAGCGUCUCCACCGAAACGUCCGGCACCAACUGCCGGCUGGUGGAUGCCUCCAUCCAGAAGAACAUCUCCUUCGACGGCAAGCCCAUCACCCCCACCACAUGGACAGGAGGCAUCUCUGAGAUCUUCUCCCUCAGGGAUCAGCUGAAACAGGCAGAAGAGAGGGCCUCGCAAGUGCAGAGAGAGUGUGACUGUCUGAAGAUUGAGCUGCGGGAGCUGCAGGUGAUGUUUGACACCAGCCAGAAGGAGAGGGAUGAGCUGGAGCUGGAGCUGCUGCGCUGCAGGGAGGAGCUGGACCGGCUGGCUGAGAAGGGCCUGCAGAUCUCCUCUCUUUCGUCUGAGCCCCCUUUUCUCUCCCUCCCCUUUGUAGGAAUGAUUGUAAUAGUGGCCACUUUCUGGUGCUGGUUGUCCGAGCUGUCAUCUUAGAAGAUGAAAGAAUGUGAAGGAAAGAGGAGUCUGAUCCAGGCCUGUGGCCACAGCAGCAGCUAUGGUACUGUUCUCUUCCAGCUUGACAAGAUUUACAUCCGGAUGACAUCAUUGGCAAUGCCUGUGAGGCGAUGCUGCAACUAUCCUAGUUCAAAGCCCCUUUUCCUUUUCCCUUGUUUGGAUUCCCUAGUUGUUGUUGGAACCUACAGUAUCACUGCUUUUCCUCUCUGAGACUUUCUAAUUGGAGAUAUUGAGGAGGGCGUCUUGGGAGCUUUUAUGAACCAAAGCGGAUGGAUUUUAGCUACCUAUGUAGGAAACCUGGCAUGGGGAGGUGUGGGUAUUGGGCAAUAAUGCCUGUUUGCCCUCUGAGGAGGGUAAUUGUAGUAUCCAAUAGGAUAAGACCUGCCUGCUCCUUUGAAUAGCACUGGACAGACUUUCCUUUCUGCUUCUUUCUGACCCUUCUUUCUCCUUUCACAUUCUUUUCCUCCUUUAUGUCCCUGGUAUUUAUGUGGUAUAAUCUACAGCUUUAGAUGCUUCAGAUAUAAAUAUAUCUAUAAUUUAUUCAACUAUUUAAAUUCACUUGUAUAUAGUAAGUCUAUUUUGUGUUGAUAUUGUGUACUUAGUAGAGGCUCAAGGAUUAAUGGAUGUCAUUGUUGGCACGGUGAUUGGGAGAUCAAAAUAGAUGUAUUGAAUGCAAUAAGACAUAUCCAUAGAGAAAUAGAAUUAAUAGGGAGGGAACUUUCAAAUUUCAUUAAAUUCUAACUCUCAGUCCUCUCUCAGAGGGAGCCAUGUUGUACUUGUAAGUAUUGAUGGUAGAUGCUUACACUGCUAAUAACAAGCUGAGCCAGCUGAGUCGCCACCACACAAUUAAUUAGUAAAGAACUGAGUCUGCAUGACGUGGGGCCCUCAUGUCAUUGACGGGCGAUUGGCAACAAACAAAGUCCGCCGUGCGUGAACUAAAGCUAAUUGAAUAACUUGGCAAAAUCAUUUUGCUAAUUUAAAACCACGAGCAAGAUCCUUAAGGCAAACAUGGGUGGGUCAGGGCAAUGCUCCCAUAUGCCAGACGAUAGCUUUAGCUCGUGCACGACAGACUUUGCUCACUGCCCGUUGCCCGUCAUUGAAUUAAGGGCCCGUGUAGUCCAUGUCUGCCUCCAGUGCAUGGCGGUACCAUCCUCAAGGUCUCCUCUAACCAGCUGAUGAGAAUACCUCAAAUAUACACCCUCGCAUAAUGUGUGCUUGUGUGUGUUUGUGUGUGUGUGUGUGCAUAUGUGUGUUUGUGUGUCAACCUGGCAACUUGCAGAUUUUAUAUGCCCAUAUAUUACUGGGACUUGUACGAAUGAUUCUGUUGUUUAGUUUUGUAAAGGUAUUUUCUUAGAAAUGUUUGAGAUUAUGCAGGUAUCGUCACUGAAAUGUGAAAUUAAACAAACCUUGGCUCGUAAAUUUCUUUUUCUAUGAAAUGAACACUAUUUUGAUGCGUAAAACAGCAGUUUUUCUUCAUGAAUUGCAUGUUUUCACUUUUGUAAAAACAAACUGAGAAGCAUUUCUCAGAGAUUAUUAACACAUUCAUUUAAAAUGACACAUUUAUGAAUGACACAAAACUAACAAAAGACUUAUUUAUCCAUGUACUGUAUAUAAUAUUUUCUUGCUCAUACAUACACUGACAUAUUCAUGUAUUUUAUUGACCACAAUGAAAAAAAUAUACAUCAUUUCAUUAAAUUAACAUCUCUCUUAGUCUCUCCAGAACAAGACUCUCUCUUGAAUGAUCACAAAAUGGUUUCAUGUUAAAUGUUAAGGUUAAAUGGCAACAUGCCAGACAGCCAUACCAUGCAGCCUCAUCCCAGAGUCAUUUUCAAUACAUGAGUCUGGUGGCAGUGGCACCUGUUCUAAAUGUGUUGAAGGGUAAUUAGGACCACACCUUAAAAGGCUGGUGGUUUCCCUUCACUGACAUAUAAAAAAGGGUGAGUCUGGACUGUCUGAAAAAAAAUGUCAAGCAUGCACUGUCAGUUAAACCUUACUCAUAAUAAUUUUCUGUGUCACUUAUAAUCUGGCAUUUUAAAGAGCGGCCAUUUUAUGCUUCAUGGUGCAUGCUUCAUAGAAAACAUUCCUACUCGCAAGUUAUAAUAACACUGUAAGACAUUUCUGCCAAACACUCUCAUGUGAACAUAACGUCACACCCCACCCUGGCAGUAGUCAAAAGAUCAAAAAGGCCCACUGAACACAGCAGUAACACUCCCUGGGCAAACAACAGUAGCCCACUGAGCUUCCCCUAAGAAUGUAUACAAGACUCUGCACCAUGCGUGCACUUUGAGCAACUUCAGGAAGUGACUCCCACACAAAUACUAUAGAUCCCUGUGAUGAACACCUAUUCUAUCUCAUCCAAGUCUCCUACACAACAACCCCUCAUGAACCCUGCAACUGUAAACUUUCAGGCUCCAGCUUACUAAAAGUACUUCUGACUCUCUACUCUCUACUGUGUCCUCACAUGGAAUUGGCUGGCUCAGCUUGUUUUUCGUGCCUAUAUGGAUGUUCUUUGGAGAGGGCCCUAGGUACUUGUGUGCCAGAAUGUAGACUGUCUACAUUCCAGCAUGUCUCAACCUUUUAACUUAUUUUUUAAGCAGGUACACUUGGCUUAUUUGAGCACAAUGACAAAAGCAUGCAUUCCACCCACUCUUAGUGUUUAGAUAUGUGUGGAUGACAUAUUGCACAGUCUGGUUAUAGGAUGGUUGUAGAUUAGGUAGUCCUACUUUAGAUGUAUCCAAAGACAGAUUUUCUGCAAAAAACUGCAGGUACUUUUGCAAAGGCACUAUAGUUGUGUUGGAGUCUUAAAAUCUGAGCAUUUUCUAUUGUAAAAACUGUCAGUCAAGAAUGUAGUCAAUAUAUUGUACUUCUGUUAUUGUCUUUCUGUAGUUCAUGACAGACACUGGACAAAACACUUAAGACAAGGUUUCACAUAAGGUUUCACAUAAGGGCCAUUUUUUAUUUUUAUUCGCAUAAAAAAAAUACUGCAUAUUAUCAUAAAACAUUUAGGAGUAACUGUCACAUUUUUUAAUGUUACUUUGUGUUUCAGUUUGAACUCGUCCUUGCAAUGCUAUCCUAAUGCUAUUGUGAUCGAGUUCUUAGUUUAAUAAGCUGCAUCAGAAAAAAAAUGAAAGUGUUUGUUUCAGAUAACCUGAUAAAUAUUGCAUUUUAGAAUAUCGAUAUAUGCUAUAUUUUGAUAAAUGUUGUAUAUUUGUUAGGAAAAUCCGUACCACCUGUAACAUUGUCACGUGUGAUUUUAGUAGAGGGUAGCAUUUGCAUGCAGAUGUAACUUGAUAGUCAUUCUCUAGUCCCUAGUGACUACUUACAAAAUGAUGAAUGGCACGGUCAAGGAACUGGUGUUUUUCAUGUAGAAAUUAAAUCAAAGCAAUAUUUGUCUGACGUCUGUGAGGGCAGAGCCUGAGCUUGUUAGUAUGGCUAAUUUCACAUUUCCACUGAUAAGGCAAGUCUCUGCUGUCUUUUUAUAACACAACAAGGACGUCACACAGAGGCUGUCUGGAAAGGGAGACUAAUGAGGCUGGUUAUUUCCUCCCUUGUAAUUAAGCGUGAAGCUAAAUAGCAGACGUGUGUGAUAUUGAGACCUCAUCAGCUCUAGUUUUCUAUGUCCUUUUUGUGACCUUUCAGCAAGGACAAAGUCAAAAUUCCCAAUUGUGUCCAAACGAUAUGAAAUGUAUGGCCAAAACAUAACACAUAUCUACAUGUUUGGUUAAAAGACAAGAAUCUUAUUUUCAAUCCGAGAAAAGAAGUGGGCUGAUGUCAUUAAAGUGUUAUUAUAUGGUUUUGACUGCAAUAUGGAUUAACCACUGUACCUGUUCAUUCAAGCCGCAUGUCUUUAAAAUAGCAUUUUUCUCUGCUCUUAUAGUGUCAAACGCUAUGCUAUUUUCAGUUGUUUGCUAUUUGCCUUGCUGUUUCAGACAAUAACUGUGGCUUUUUUUUGUUAAACGGAAAGUAUAUUUUGUACCAUAAAUGUUUUAUGAAAUAAAAUAUCUCCUGGCUAAUGA